CCUUACCUAACCGCUCCCUCACUCACUAGAACCGAUCGGGCUUCCUAACACCUGACAUUGCAGAUUCUGUCGCUUCAAUCACGGCUCUAAAUAAAAUAAGAACCCUGUAGCGCCUUCCUCCUCGAGAUUGUCCCGUUUCCGUGGCUGCGUUAAACUUUUCAGUUUAGUUGGUUUGAUUUUUUGCUUAUAUCGGACAACGCGCGUGUGUACAACGCGGGCAUGGAUUCCAGCGCACCUCCAAUAAACUCAUUCCCCUUCGGCUCCGCCUCCUUCUCCAUGCCGCCGGGGGAAUCCCCCCGGUCCUUCCGCCACCCGCCUUCGCGCAACGACACUGGAGGCGGUGGCAUGAGCUCCGGGCCUGCGCCAUUCUCGGAACACAACCAGCACCAGCCCCACCUCCCCCACUACGCGACAAAUGCGCGCCAGCCGUCGUCGCUUAGAUUCUCCUUCGACAAUAAGUGCGUGCUGGACUCGGGGAACGGCCCCGCGGAACACGCUGAGCUUGCGCGGAGAAUAGGCGGAGAGGAUGGCGGGGGUUGGGGUGCGGAAACGAGGCUGGCGGAAGUAGGAGCCGCGCCAAGUCGGCAGAUCAACAGCGAUGCCUAUCCCGCGCAGGGAUUUGGCGGGAGCGGAGGCGGAAGUGGGGGUCCCCCACCAUCAGGACUCUUUCCGGCGCAGCUGUACCGCGAGUUCCGCCAACAGGGGAGCGCGCGCGACCAGAGCGGGGGGAACUGGCGGGGAGGGGAAGGCGCGGAUUUGGCGGAAGGACAGGCGGAAGGGCAGGCGGAGAAUAGUAAGAGUGUUCCUUUGCGGGGUUGGAGCCCAGGGGAACGGGCCGAGGGGGGUUUUGUCUCAGGCGAAUAUUCAGGUAGUCCGUCAGGGCAUGCCAACAGAGAGGCUUCAGAUGCGUAUCAGGGGCUAAGACGGAAUUACCCUCUGGAUGGGGCUAGAAGGCGAGUUAACCCUCAGUUCGACCAGGAAAUGGGGGAAGAGGAUGAUGAGGACGCAGGGGAGGAGGAAGGAGGGGAGGAAGGAGGGGAGGAAGGAGGGGAGGAGGUACAAGAGGAGAGGGAAGGGGAUGGGGGGGUGGGAGAUGAGAGGGAAGUAGGUGGGCGAAGGGGCCAAGGGCGAGAGAAGGAGUGGGAGGCAGAAGCGCAUCAGUCCCUCAACAAUCAGCUCUCGGACAAUCGAUUAACUGACAACCGAUUCACCGGGAGUCGCUUUCCUUUCCCCUCCGGUACUGCCGCCGCCCUCCCCCCCUCUAAUCUCUUCACCAUGUAUCGCUCGCUGCUUUCGCAAACCCAGCACCGCUCGCAGCAGGAGGAGCAAGAAGCAGGAUCGUUUAGGGACAGCGGUGGGGGGGGUGAUACCGCUGCUGCUGCUGCUGCUGCUGCUGCUGUUGGUGGUGAUGAUGCUUUUGCUACUGCUGCUGCAGCUGCCGCUGCUGCUGCUGCUGGCAGUCCGUCAGGUGCUCUUCUUGGUGGUGCUGGGGGCAGAGGAAUGCGAGGGGGACGAGGGAGGAUAGGGGUUGGGCUGUAUGAGAGAGUGGGGGCAGUGGGGCCACAUCCUGGGCCGAGCCUGGGCUACGGUGACUCAGCAUUCUUUGGAUCCACGUCAGUCUCUGCCCUUCCCGAGCCUCCCUCCACAGCCUCGGGCGAAGCUGCGGAUUGGGCAGCAGCUGCGGCUGCCGCAGCAGCGCGGCAGGCUUGGGAACGCGUGGGCACUGUUCCCGAAGCAGUGGGCGCUGUUCCUGUAGCGGUUGGUGCUGCUCCUGUAGCUGCAGGUGACAAUAGCGAGUGGGAGGCACACAGCAACAGUAGCAACUCCGCCCCUCCGCCCUUACCACCAGGCUAUGUGUCUAGUGAGAGCAGGGAAGGGGGCGCAGGGGGAAGAGGGGCGGAAGGGCAGGGGGAGGGGGCUGUGUGGCCGGUGUCAAGAAGACUUGGGGGGGAGUCUGUGGGGGAGUUUGUGGGAGUGGGCGGAGAGGGGAGGGGGAGAGGGGAGGAGGGGUCAACUUUGAAUGAAUAUGCCAUGGUGCCUUCAGCGGGGGGAGGAGAGGCGGGAGUGGGAGGGAUGAGAGGACGAGGGGGGAUGGGAAGAGGGGGGAUGGGAAGAGGAGGCGGUGGAAUGGGAAGGGCCGGGGUACAUACAAUGGGGGUCGGUCAGAGAUUCGGCUCCCAGAGUAGCAGGGACUUCGCAGCAGCAGAAGCAGCAGCAGCUGCGGCCUUAGCAGCAGCGAGAGCAGCAGCAGAGGAAGCAGCCGUUCCCAAUGCCACUCCCCAUGAGGACCGUUCCGAAGCUUUGCGGCCAGCAGCAUCCGGAGAGAUGAGCAGGUACGAGGAGUAUCGCCCUCCCAGCAGCAUGCAGCUAGGCGCGGGGAGGGGUGGAGACAACAGGGAGGACACAGGCUUAGGCGGGCAGAGAUUCAGUGUGAGGGGCGGGGCUGCAGGGGAAGCAGUAGGGGCAGGAGCUGGGGGGUAUGUAGGGGCCGGGGUGAAAAUGAGCAUGGGUGGGGGGUUCGGUCCGUUUGGGUUGAGGCCCAAGCGGCCUGAGGUGAGUGGGGAAGCGGCUUCUAUCUGGCUCAACCGCUGGCUGCGACCCCCGACUGCUGCAGCUGGGGUUGGUGCUGGUGCUGGUGCUGGUACUGGUGUUGGCGGUGCUGCUGCGGGUGCUAGUGCCCAGGAGAAUCCUCUUUCUUUUCCUGUGUCAGGUGAUUUUUCAGGUGGUGGAUCUGUUUCGGGGAGUGGGAAUCAAGGGGAGCCGCUGCUGUUGGGCCAAGCGCCUGGUUCUAGGGAAGGGAGUCAGAACGGGCAGCAGCAACAACAGAGACAGCAGCAGCAGGAGCAGGAGGAGUGGAAGCAGCAGGAGCACAAGCGCCAGCAGGAGUGGCUGCGGCAGCAGCAGCAGCAGUGGCAGAUACAGACAAGCACGUCUGCUGAGCCCGCUCCAGAUGCAGAACCCCCAAGGGAGUCCGAUUUCUCUGCUGCUGGCGGUGGAAACGGUGAUGCUGAUGCUGCUACUGACGCUGGUGCUGCAGCUGUAGCAGAGGCAGAGGCAGCAAGGCAGCGGUUUGAGAGGGGGCGACUGGCGAUGCAGAGCUGGAAGAACCGAAACAAACCGGCCCUUGGAGGUGCAGCAGCAGUAACAGCAGAAGGAGAAAGAGCAGCAGCAGGUGGCAUGAUGGGCCUGGAAAUGGCACGGGACAGCUCAGCAAGAGACAGCACAGCAGUUCGAGUGGCUGCUAUUGAGAAUGACGUGGCAGCUUGGUCUGCCCAGCUGGCAGAAAGGGGAGUUGAGGGUGGGAGGGAUGGGGCCGGGGGAGGUGGGGGAGGAAGAGGAGGAGGGGGAGGAAGAGGAGGAGGGGGAGGAGCAGUAGCAGCAGCAAGUGACGCGGGAAGCAGUGGCAGUCACGACCAGACACAUCCAGCCCAGGAGCAUGAGUUUCAAUCACAGCGCGAGCAGCAGCAGCAGGCAAUGGGAGGGAGUGCACUAUUCCCCCCACACUCUUCCCUCCAUCGCCCGUAUCCCCCGCACAAUCUCUCCGUCCACCCCCCCUCUCACUCCCACUCGCGCUCCUCUGCCACCAGAAGCUUCGGAGGCUCCUCCUCUCCCUCCCCUGCCCCCCCAUCUCCCCGAGACAUGGGGCUCGCCCCGGGGGGUCUGGGAAGAUGGGAGGGGGGAGGUGGAGUGGGUGGAGGAUUGGAAGGGGAAGGAGGAGGAGGAGGAGGAGGGAGAGGUGGUGAUGGAGGGGGGGUGAGGGGCUUUGGAGCCUUUGGUUCCGGCUUUGGAGGGCGAGGGAGAGGGAUUGGGGGUGGAAGACUGGGACUGUCGAGGCCAGGACUGGUAGAAGCAGGAAGAGGAAGGGUAGGAGGAGGAAGAGGAGGAGGAGUAGGAAGCGAGGCAGCAUCAGGGGGGGCUGUGUUUGUGAACACAAGGCGGACAGAGGAGUAUCAGAAACUGCACCAAUCCUCCCCUAAUGCUUCAAAACCACCCGGCCACCCCCCUGCCUCUCCAUCCGGAUUUGCUGCAUUCGGGCUGCGAGUCGCUGCAGCUGAUAGCGUCAGCGGCAAGCUCCGGUCGCUCCGAGCCGGGGGGUUUGGCUCGGCGGCAGCAGGUCCGGGAGGAGCUGGAGCGAAGCCGGGUGUUGCUCGAUCUGGUUCGGGGUUCAGCCUUGUAGCUGCUGCUGCUGCUGCUGCUGAUCCUGGUGCUGCCACUACUGUUGAUGCUGCUGCUGCUGCUGCUGGGGCCCUAAGCCCUGGGGCCCAUGCAAGCCGCACUUUAGCAAGACUGGGCAGUGGUGGCUUGCGUGCUAGUGGCGCCUUGCCUCGUAUGGGUAGUGGCGGUGGCAGUGGUGGUGGUGGUGGAGGGUUCACAUGGAUUCAGGGAGGGUUUGUGCGAAGAGACGGGUCGGCCAGCCCUGCUGCGAGUGCUGGUAGCGGUGGUGCUGCUGCUGUAGCUGGUGGUGGUGCUGACAGUGGUGGUGGAGAUACGGGUUAUGAUAUGGGAUACGACAUGGGCUAGUACACGUGGGCUUUUGAGUUGACUCUAAAGUCAUCUCAGUGCUGCUGCUGCUGCUGCUGCUGUGGCUGGUGGUGCUGACAGUGGUGGUGGAGAUAAGGGUUAUGAUUUGGGCUAUGACAUGGGCUAGUACACAGUGGGCUUUUGAGUUGACUCUAAAGUCAUCUCAGUGCUGCUGCUGCUGCUGCUGUGGCUGGUGGUGCUGACAGUGGUGGUGGAGAUACGGGUUAUGAUUUGGGCUAUGACAUGGGCUAGUACACAGUGGGCUUUUGAGUUGACUCUGAAGUCAUCUCAGUGCUGCUGCUGCUGCUGCUGUGGCUGGUGGUGCUGACAGUGGUGGUGGAGAUACGGGUUAUGAUUUGGGCUAUGACAUGGGCUAGUACACAGUGGGCUUUUGAGUUGACUCUAAAGUCAUCUCAGUGCUGCUGCUGCUGCUGCUGUGGCUGGUGGUGCUGACAGUGGUGGUGGAGAUACGGGUUAUGAUUUGGGCUAUGACAUGGGCUAGUACACAGUGGGCUUUUGAGUUGACUCUGAAGUCAUCUCAGUGCUGCUGCUGCUGCUGCUGUGGCUGGUGGUGGUGGUGUUGCUGACAGUGGUGCCAGUGGUGGUGGCGAUACGGUUUAUGACAUGGGAUACAACAGGGGCUAGCACACGCCGGCUGGAAACAACAUCAAGGUUCUGCUGCAAUAAUAUCUUCCAUUUUGAUAACUUCAUGGUACAUUCGGUACAUUCAACUUGAUACAACUUGCCAGCUUGCCACUCCACACCUCAGCUAUUGUGACCUGCUGACAAGCCUCAGCUUGCCUCUACAGCCGCCAGCUGACCCGACCAGCCACCCACUCUCAAGGCACCGCGAGGCACAUUCCAUCAAGUUGAAUGAGGCUCUAACCAGCACUGCUACGUCCAAGCAUCCAAGCAUCCUUCCCACUUGCUUUCCUUGCGCCAACCCCCCAACUGACAACGCCCAGACCAGAUCGCCCCACUGGCCCAGCCAGAUUACU